AUGUUUGACAGACAACUUGAGAAGAAAGAUCAAGAAAUGCUUCUCAAGAAUGUCUUCAAGAUGUCAUCCACGAAGCAACUGCCACACAAUAGCAACAGCAAUCACAGUGCCGCCAUCCACUUGCCUACAUUCAGAAAGUCAGCAAAGUAUGCUCGGGAUACUCUUUCACCAUUGUCAAACUUGAUCCAAUCUUUCAAUUCACUCCUUACUACUCGCAACAAUGCAUAUAUCGAGGUGGUCAACUUUAACCUUGAGAAGGUUGCGGAUUUGCUCUUGGAGGCCGAAGAGAAGGACGACAAGGUGGCUAACCUGCUUUUGGAAACCAAAGAGAAGGACAGCGAGAUGUUUAAACUGCAAGAGAAGAUGCUUAAACUGCAAGAGGAGAUGCUUAAACUGCAAGAGGAGAUACUUAAACUGCAAUUGGAAGCUAAGGAGAAGAAUGAAAAAAUGCAGCAUCAAAGCCUCGACAAACUUGCCUUGCUUCAACAGCAUGUUGAUGCUAUUCUCACCCAGAAUGCUGGACUUCACGAAUGUCUAUUUUCCCGACUAUUUAUCAUUUUACCUGUCGACCACACCAAGUGGGACCCAAUGAAUGUCUUGAAGAACAAGCUCCGUGUUCAUUUCCUAUGUGAAUGUGGAGACCACACUACAAUGACAAGCAAGAGUAGUCAGAGUCAACUCCAUAUUGCCAAUCAUGAUGGAUACGAGAUCCGAGACAGCGCGAGAUUCUUCCGCAAGUAUGGAAAGCACAUAUUCAUCCUCUUGCAGUGGCUCAAGCUAGGAAUGUCCUCGUCUACAUCUCUGGCACUAUCCCAAGAUUCGAUAGAUGCCGGUAUCGAUUGUUCAAUCGACUAUAUGGAAGCACUCUCUAAAGAGGACCCAACCUUGAACAGCAUUACUACAAUCGAUGACUAUGAUGACCUGAACGGAUCUGAUUUUCAAAAUAUGAGGACAACCCUUCGAGUCAAUGAUGAAAGCAGGCAAUUUGGGGAUAUGUACAGGAUCAUGACCGAAACAGGCCGCACCAAAUGGGUUUGUCUCGACCACUGUCGCUCGAUGUAUGAAGAAAAAGAACAGAAGGCAUUUAUAAAUGCAGUGAAAGUGAAUAGUGGCAAAUAUAACUCGCAUCUUGGUAAAUUAACUAUCACAUUGGAGUCCAGAGAGAGAGCUAAAGAGCUCUUCGAUGCACUAAGCAGUUCAAUACGAGUUUACGAGUUGGAUAUCACAUUUGACUGGGAUUGGACUGAGAUUGAUCUUGAAGCAUUUGAGAGUGCUUUGGCAGUGUCGAGUGUAUCGAAUCUUCGACUUGGACUUGCACGGACUCAAGGAAACACCGAGAUAAAAGCACCUUCAACAUCCGGGCGAUAUGAAAGACUUAUUCGAAUCAUGGAGCUCAGUAAUAUGAAAACAAUCCAUAUCGCUCUAUCUCAGGAUCUCAUAAAGCUUCUCAGUUUACGGCCCAGAAGAUCGUCACGCCUUCAUAAGCUGACAUAUGAGAUGAAGGCUCAAUUGACUGGAACCAUUGAAUUACAAGGAGUUGUAAAUUCACUCAAGACUAGCACGACAUUGACGAUUUUGAACUUGAGUAGCGGCUCAAUCGGGGGUGAAGGGACUCUGGCGCUGUCAGGAGCGCUCAAGGCUAAUACUAGUUUGACAACUUUGAACUUGAGCUACAACAGAAUUGGAAAGGAAGGAGCUCUGGCAUUGUCAGAGGCACUCAAGGUUAACACUAGUUUGACGACAUUGGACUUGAGCUACAACAGAAUUGGAAAGGAAGGAGCUCUGGCAUUGUCAGAGGCGCUCAAGGCCAAUGCAACUUUGGCGACGUUAAGCUUGAGUAGCAACUCGAUUGGAAAGGAAGGAGCUCAGGCAUUGUCAGAGGCACUCAAGGUUAACAAUAAUCUGUCGACUUUGAGCUUGGGUGACAACUCGAUUGGAAAGGAAGGGGCUCUGGCACUGUCAGAGGUGCUCAAGGCCAAUGCAACUUUGGCGACGCUAAGCUUGUGGGGCAACUCGAUUGGAAAGGAAGGAGCUCUGGCAUUGUCAGAGGCACUCAAGGUUAACACUAAUUUGACGACUUUGAAUUUGAAUGCCAACUCAAUUGGAAAGGAAGGAGCUCUGGCAUUGUCAGAGGCGCUUAAGGUCAAUGCAACUUUGACGGCUUUGGACUUGAUGUUCAGCUCAAUUGGGGAUAAAGCAGCUCUGGCAAUUUCAGAAGCACUCAAGGAAAACGCGGUUUUAACUCAAUAA